GAGCCGGUGUCAUGGCGUCUAUGUGAGAGUAGGAGAGAAAACAAGCUCUAAGAAAAGACCCUUUCUGGUUGGAGGUGUUCUACUGCACACAAUGGAUGAAGAGAGUCUGGCAGCCGCUGUACAGACCUACAAAGCUCAGCUGGAGCAGGUCAGACAGACCCUGAACGCCGAUGUGGACCCCUCGCAGAAAGCCGAUCUCCUCCAGCUUCAGGAGGACUUGCAGCAGCUGAUAGAACUAACCGAGUCUAGCUUGCUAUCGGUACAGAAGUCAAACUUACUGUCCUCCCUCGAUGGUCCUUCCUCCUCCUCACAGCAGGAGGAUGAGUAUGAGUCUUUCAGGAGGGCCAUAGGAGAACUGAGUAAUGGUUGUGAGGCCACAGGGACCGUGGAUAGUAAAUCCAGUAGUUCAGUAGACUCCAGUGAGGAAGAGGUUGUGGAAGAAUACGAAGAGGAGAAUGAGACUAGCGGGAUGAAGGUCAGAGCCCCUUACUAUAGCACAUGGGGGACAUUGGAGUAUCAUAACGCCAUGAUUGUGGGCUCAGAACAAAUGGAGGAUGGAAGCCCCGGGGUUCGGGUUCUCUAUCUGUACCCCACGCACAAGGCCAUGAAACCAUGCCCCUACUUUCUAGAUGGAAAGUGUCUCUUUAAUGAAAGCUGCAGAUUCUCACACGGACAAGUGGUGCAAGUAAGCGAGCUCCGGGUCUUUGAGGAGCCAGACCUCGUCUCUCUCGGCCUUGACAAAGCCUGCUUGGCCCGGCACAGUGACGGCAUGUGGUACCCUGGACGGAUUAUAGACAUUGACAACUCAUUCUACACUGUAAAAUUUGAUUCUCUGCUGCUAAAGGAAGCUGUGCUUGAAGCAGAUGCCAUCAUCCCACCGCUACGGGAAAGUGAGGACUCUUUGUCUGAUGAGGAUAGUGAGGACGGAGCAGAGGAUUCUGGGUUUGCCCAAGUAUUGCUGGACAGCGAAGUGGGUACAACUGGUCCCUGCAGUUCUGAAUUUGCUGGUUGGGAGGCUCACACACGUGGGAUUGGAUCAAAGCUUAUGGCUCGUAUGGGAUAUGAGCUUGGGAAAGGACUUGGAAGGAACUUGGAGGGGCGAAUUGAGCCCGUUCUAGCUGUGGUCUUGCCGAAAGGGAAAUCAUUAGACCAGUGCUUAGAGAUGAAACAAAGGAAGCCAAAAGGAGGAGGGGUCCAACCCAAAACCAGGAAAAAGCGAGCGCCCAAGCUGGCAGCGGCGGGUCAUGGGAAAAACCCCCGUCGCAAUGUGUUCGACUUUCUGAAUGAUAAGCUGGAGGGCAAAAGUGACAAGGUGCAACCCACAGACACAAGAACCAAUCUAGAAAGGAAAGGCAAGGAAGUAUAUAACGCCAGCCAAAGUAGCAAGAGGGCACUGAAUAUUGAAGUGGCCAAGACUACGGAGAGGGUCCUGCAGAAGCAGAGGGAGAUCGGGCAGAUCACAGAAGCGCUGGCGCGGAAUGUGGGGAGGGAUAGUGUGAUCAGCGUGCAGCUGGAAAAACGCCUCUCAGAUGCUCGAUCUCAACUUGUAGUUCUGCAGAAGGAAGAGCGAAGUUUGCAGAGGGAGCAGAAGAAGGCAGACACACACAAAAAAAUGACCGAAUUCUGAAAUUGCCCAGUAUAUUUCCCUGUACAGAUCCAUGCUUUAUACCCCCUUAAUCAUGCUGUUCAUUGCCCCAUUCUGUAACAUUUGUUUCUGAAACUGAGAAUAAACCAUUUUUUAUAUACUCCCAGCUUUGGAGCGUCUCCUG